AUGUAUAAUCCUGAAAAUAUAUACAUUUCUCCUCAGGGAGGAGGUGCCGGUAAUAACUGGGGUGCUGGUUAUCACUCGGGAGAACGGAUUUCCGAAGAAUUGAUGGAUAUGUUGGAUCGAGAAGCUGAUGGUAGUGAUUCUUUGGAGGGAUUCAUGCUGCUGCAUUCUAUUGCUGGUGGUACUGGUUCUGGUGUGGGUUCUUUUCUUCUUGAACGAUUAAAUGAUCGGUUUCCUAAAAAGUUGAUUCAGACUUAUUCUGUGUUCCCUGCUAGUAAUCAGGUAUCGGAUGUAGUCGUCCAGCCAUACAACAGUAUCCUAACUCUGAAACGGCUAGCGCUUCAUGCUGAUUCUGUUAUUGUUAUCGAUAAUGGUGCAUUGACGAGAAUUGCUGCUGACACCUUAAAUGUUCAGUCUCCUACAUUUGCACAAACAAAUCAAUUAGUUUCCACCGUCAUGUCUGCUAGUACCUCUACAUUACGGUAUCCUGGCUAUCUACACAAUGAUCUGGCUAGUAUCAUGGCCAGUCUGAUUCCUUUCCCUAAAGCCCAUUUCCUCAUGACUUCAUACACACCAUUUACAAAUGAUACAGUAGACCAAGCCAAGCUGGUGCGAAAAACAACUGUUCUGGAUAUCAUGAGACGGUUACUACAACCCAAAAACAGAAUGGUCAGCACUGCCCAGUCAAAAACAAGUUGCUAUAUUUCUCUGCUAAAUAUAAUUCAAGGAGAAGUCGACCCUACUGAUAUCCACAAGUCACUGCUACGUAUUCGAGAACGGAAUCUAGCCAACUUCCUACCGUCUUCACCUGCAUCUCUUCAAAUCUCUCUUGCUAGAAGAUCUCCAUAUACUACGACCACACUGUCAAACUCUAGAAUAUCUGGUCUCAUGCUGGCCAAUCACACUUCUAUCACCUCACUUUUCCAAAGAUCUCUCGACCAAUUCGACCGUCUGCUUCGACGACAGGCUUUUAUUGAACAGUACAAAAAGCAGCCCAUGUUUGAAAAUGGUUUAGAAGAAUUCGACGAUUCGCGCGAGAUACUCAGAUCUGUUAUAAAAGAAUACAAAGAUCUUGAGCAAGAGGUUCCUGAGGAACCUCUUGAAAACUAG